ACCUGACUCAGGUAGAUAUUUCUCACUUCUCUCUCACACACUCACUCACACACACACACACACACACACACACACUCACACAUCCACCAUGAAGCUGUGUUUCCUGCUCAGUGUGUCUGUUCUCGUCUGUGUGGUCGCUCUCACGGCAGCAGAUGACAGCAACACACCCAGACAGGCGAACUGUGAGAAGUAUGUGACUGAUGCGUGUACACGUGAACUGAUGGAAGUGUGUGCCGAUGACGGGAUAACGUACGGAAAUGAGUGUACGCUGUGUGUGGCAAGCAGGCAGCAAAACAAGAAUCUGCUUGUGGUGAAAAUGGGAAGGUGCGACUCUGUGUAGUGUCACUCAAUGACAUCAUCAACAACCCUCUAUUCUACCUUUACUAGGACUUUAUUUACAGACACCGUGUAUGAGAGCCAUGAGCAAGUGCCUCGAGUUACAAACCAUACGACUAAACAUCCAUCAGUGUAGGAAACAAUUUUAAUCUUUAUUUUAUUUUAAUUGCACAGCAUCUGCUGUACGCACGAAUGCUAGCACACAUGAUUGUGGCUAAAGAAUGAAAUAUUCACAGAAAAUACUCCUAAAGUGUGAUAUAAGAUUCUUUAAUAACUUUCUGUUUUCUAGUAAACUUAGAAUAAGACACAAGAGAUAAAAUCCCUUCUCAUGACAUGAUGUUUUCCCCUUUUUCUUGUUUUGGUGUAAUAUUUAUAUAAUAAAUCUAUGAAUAAAAUGUUGAAUAAAUCUUUUCCUUUCACAUGUAAAACAUAUUAAAUAAAUGUGAUAUAAACGUG